AAGCUCCAACUUCGGUCUCUCCGGACGUGGCCGUCUCAGUCCAUGGUGAGAUUCCGUUCAACGUUGACGUAGUUUUUCUAGGCUGAGCUUGACUCACGGUGACGGUGGCUAGAUUCGGUUUUGGUUAAAAGCACCCUCCCCCUUUCGGGAAGAUCCAGAUCCAGUUCGAUGGUAGUCGCGAGUGCAAGGAAGAUCCGAGUCCGUGUGUCCGCGAAAAAGAGAGAUAGAGAGAGCGUACAAAUAAGGAGAAAAGGCUACCGCAAGGUGAUAGAGAGAAAGAGCGCGCGAGGUGAAACAUAUUAAUUUUGAAAUAAAUUAUAAAAGCAUUCAGCGAACGAGGGAUCGCUUCCAGACUGAGAGUGAGUGCAGUUCAAGUCCCACCAGGCGUCCAAAGCCCAAUCCUGGAGUGGUCAGUGUUCAGGAUUGAUAAGGUUUCUCGAGCCGUGGUGCCGUUCUGCAUACUAGUGCAAGCUUACUCGAACGGGCAAUCGCCGAGUUAAACACAGCACUUUCCGUGCACCUACGUACGUGUCAAAUGGAAGUGAUUAUUUGGUAGGCGGUGAAAAGUGAAGUGAAAUUACAAGUGUCAGGUGCAUUAGGUGCCUAGACACAGCAAACAUAAUUCAAACGCGAGUUGCUUUCGCGAAACUUUUGUUUUUUUUUAUAUACAAGGUGCAUUUCGGUAUGAUCGAAAAGAGUUUGAAUUGAAUUUAGCCAGUAAAGAGUGGAGCGCGUGUGCCAUACAUUUCGCUCCCAGUGACGAAUACAAGCGCAACGCGGCAAAAAUCGUUUCAUUUUGAUGCAUAAUUUUAAAUCGUGCACGCUUUGACGAACAGUACAGAAAAGAAAUAGUUGGAUAAGUGAAUGAUUUACCUUUUGCUGCAAGUUGUAUUUUACUUCUGUUCAUCUUUUUCAUCCACUUGACGAAAUUCGCGCACACCCCGUCCCUUCCGCUGCAUUGCGGUACAAACUGGGCCAAAAAUUACUUUUUCGAAAAGAUCUUACGAAAAUUGAAUUUAUUAAAUAGUAUUACAUUAAAGUUCGAUGAGAGCAAAAGUAAUCUAACAAAAUUUGAAAAAAAAAAACGAAACGUAACAAGAAGAGAGAAAAACAAAUUGACGAUUUGUAAUCGCACCGGGUAAAACAACAACCGAGCCGUUAAGUGAAGCAGAUCUCUAGAUCCGCCUCAAAGGCUGAGCGGAAUCUGCAUUCGGUUUCAGGCGAAGGAUUUGAGCCGCGAAGCAUCUCCAAGCCAAAUCGCAAAUCUAUCGCCGAUUUGUAAUCUUCAAAACCGGCACGGCGGCUUCUCAGCGGGCAAUAAUUCUCGACGAUGAAGAAUUUGGAUAAGCGCCGGCUUCGGCUACCGGCACUGGGAAUAACGCUAUCAAAAUGCAGCUACUCCUCGACGGCUCUCACACUGAUGCUCCUCUGCACAUCGAUGUCAGUAGUACAAACAGGACCGGUGAUCAGGCAUCGGCGAAUGAUGCGAGAAAUCUACAGUGAAAUCACGGACCUGAGCUCGCAAAAUGUUACCAAUUCAAUCGAGGAUACAUGCCUCUAUGAUGGUACACAAGUGACACGGGUGAGCAUCGUCUGCGAAAAGAAACCGGGUUGCCGGGCGAUUCAGAAGACGGGAGAGUGCUGUCCGGAAUUUCAGUGUGAAUGUCAAAGGGACGGCAAAACCUACACCAACGGAGAAAAGGUUACCGAUCCGGAAACACCAUGCCGAGCAUGCUACUGUCAAGGUGGCGAAAUCAGCUGCAGCCAGGUAACGUGCUACAAACGACACGACUGUGAGCCCAAGUUCAUUAGCGGUAGAUGCUGUCCAGAAUACGACAACUGUCCACCUCUGGAAAGCUCAAAAAUUACCGAAGCCAGCUCCAUGAAGGAGGAAUUCAUCGAACUGAAGGAAACGGAAAUCGAGGCUGAAGACUUGCUGGAGCACGAGCAACCAAAGACAGCAUCAACCAGCGCUCCCGAGAGCAACCUACCGGUCAAAGUUCCUAUGCCUGCGGCGAGCAACAAUCCGUUGGGUAUCAAAAUCAAAGAAAUCACUAAGCCGGAGGAAAUUCGUUUGACCGACAGUAGACCAAAAAUGUCCACAACUACAACCAUUGCUCCGAGCAGUAACGACGACACCGAUCGUCCCACGACGGCUUCUUCUGUUUCGUACGGUGAAGAAGUAAACAAUCUUGAACAUUUGGAUUUAAAUGUAACCGAUGACGGAGAAGAUGGAAUGAAAAAUGUGCGUCACACUGAGGAGGACAUGAUCGCCAACGGAACUUCGGAAAUGACUGACUUCGGUGAAGGAUCGACAGCCAGUCCAUCCGAGUCGGUCGAGCUCGAAAUGUCUUCCGAAGGAAGUAGUUCAACAGUGAAACACUCUCCGUCAACAACUACGACGGUUUCCAGUAUGCCGGAAGAACAACCGGAAGCAAUUAAUAAGAAUGAUAAGCCACUUCCGGCGGUUGUUCAAAUCGGUGACAAGCUGGUGAUAGUAGAUCACAAUCAACCUAAACCGAUAACGGUUAUCCAGGUGGAAGAAGUGGAAGGUUUGCAGCGCGGAGAAGAUGAUAUUUCAUACGACCAGGAAAUGUUUACCGAUCGGUCUUCAGAUACUAAAGAGACACCCAAACACAUGAAACAAAUGAAAGAUUCAGAGGAAGAAAUGCUUUCUACGCAAGCAGAUUCCAGUGUAGCUUAUGAAACAGUCUAUCGCGGAGGUGCCACUGAGAAUUCGGGAUCGGGAGAAGUUUUUGAAACACAACAUUAUACCGAAGGUCCGGACAGUGCGGAACGAAACGAUACCCAAAUAGAUCAGCUCACUGCUAGUAGUGAGGAAUUUAUUCAGGUCGGUUCGUCUUCAGAGAAAUCGCUUCGAGUGGAAGAGGAACAUACAACAGUCAAUUCCUUGGUCACAAGCGGAGAAGAGGGAAGUACCUCGAUAGCAGAUUUUCAUAUGUCGGCAGCGAGCUCAGAGGCAUCAGGAGAUGAAGUUUUUGAAACACAGUUUUACACCGAAGGUCCGGCAAGUUCGUCGGAAAUGAUGGAUAUUUCUUCCAGUGCUAUGGCGGAUAGCCCGGAACCAACGAAACCUAGUAAAGAUUAUCAAGGAGACGACAUGACAACUCACAGAAAACCGUACAUUGAAGAUGAUGAACAUGAUCUAAUACAACCGGGUUUUCAAAAAAUCCCGGAAGAUUUUACACUACCAUUGAGAGAUCAACCGGUUCUGAUGGACAUGCCCGACGAAGAGGAACAUCACAAUUCGGCAAUGAAAAGUGAUCGAAAAGACAAAGGAGAGUCAGCAAAGAUCUUAUCUGAUGUAUUAGAAUAUCGGCAAAACAUAACUACAUCGACCACGCAAGCUGUCUCAGAAGAAAAUGAAGUGACCAUGUCACCAUCAUGGUUGAAAGAGGAGGCCAGACUAAGAGUGCCAGGGGAACCUCUUCUGAUUCCUGAGUGGGAGCGAAAAAAUGGAACAACUAAUAGCACCGCGUCGGAAGAAGAAUUCAGUGGCGCUGGAGAGCUUCAUGUGCUUAAAAUGAACUCGGAAGAAUACAUCGAUAGUUCCGAAGGUAGCGGACUGAUCGUUUCGAAGAAGGAAUCUGAAGAAACGACGGUGGCACCGAUCAAACUUCUACAGCAUGAUACAGAUUCUCCCAAUUCCUCAGAAUCAGAUAGCAUUAAACACAAUCCGAAACAAGACGCAGAGAGUCUCAAGUAUGACGAAAAUGAUGAGAACUCAGCCGAAGAUGCACUUCCCAAACAGGUCAAGUCUAACAUAUGAGGAAAGCUGUAUAAAGCGAAUUGGUAGAGUAAUCCAACCAGUAGAACUAUUUUCAAUGGAACUAAGUAGAAAGUAGCUAAACGAAUUUACUGAAUCAAUAUUUAGCAAAAAACAAACAGGAUUCCUCGCAUCUGAAGUCAUAGCGAAGGGUGCGAGAUGAAGGUGCCAGUUAACGAAUGAAGAAACACUUUUCUCUUUCUCUCCGUCUAUCUACGCUCUCUGAUUACUAAGUAAUGAUUAUUUAUUAUGUUUUUCUAUUUCCGCGUGUUAGCACAGGAAAAUUUUCAAAUCAAAGUGAGAGAUGGUUCUAAAAGUACGCUUUAGACGGAUGACUUUAGUGCCAUUACCCACAUAGAAACCCUAUUCGUUUUCUGCGGCGACAUUAGAAAAUCCUAACCUCAAAGGGUUCGCGUAUCCUGCCAAGUUUGUCCGACAAGUGCAAUCACUAAACAAUGUAAAACGAUUACAUUUUCCACUGUUCCGAUCUGAAUGAAAUGUGACUGGAUUGGAACUACGGAAAUCGUUGGUCCGUUACGAAAGAAAAAAAGUAGCUAGUCAAUCUGGACUCUAGUUCUGACCAGCAGACAUAGAAGUGCUCGCUAAGGAUGCUAUUGAACCUCAACAUAUUUCUACAAUGUUCUGUACAAACCACCACUGGUAAUAUAAAGUAAAUCGCACAAAGCAGGAGAAUGUCCAUGGCACAAAUGAAUCUUCCUAUACCGACAUCCUAACAUCCUAUUUGUCAUUUAGUUAAGUUGAUAUGUUUAGAACUCGAAAUCAUAGUCGUAUGUUUUAAGUUUAUUUAUUCACUUUAUUUGCGAAAGUUUCACAAAUUUAAGAAAAGCAGUGAACCAAAAUUUGGAACCCGUGUGUGCACGUUCGUCGAAACAUAGGCAUGUGAUAGUUCUAUUUGUUUAUUAACUACCUAAAAAAAUUCCAAACUAGAGAUCCUUCAAUCGAAAUGAAAGACAUUUAUUAGGUUUAAACACUAACGAUAAUUUCUCAACAGUGUGGGACUAGAACUACAGAUCUACUAGCUGCAAAUAUUCACUCGAAUGUAAACAAAAGAUUCAUAGCUUAAGUUUAAGACUGUUAUAGAAAUAGUUGAAGAUAAAAACAAAAGUAUCACUAUUUAUUGACUAUUUAUAACCGCCUGCUGACGACGGGCAGACGGGACCCAGCUCCGGAAAACCUCGGAACUGUCCUCUCCGUGUUCAUUUCCAGUAUCGAUAAGCAGCCCGUUCCAAACUCUAACCGAAUUAGCUAAGAGGGAAAUUCUUCUGGGGCUAGACUGCGGCAGUAUGUUCGCAUUUUUAGCGCUAUUAUUUUUUAUUAUUACAAACAUUAUAGUAGUUUCUCGUAACAAUAAGUGCUCUAGAUCAUAGACCUAUUAGAAAAAAAUUAAUUGAAAAAAGAGUCAUACUUGUAACUAAAUAUACCGUUAGAUAUCACUCAUUCCGUUUUAAACACUAUGAAAGCUAUGAAACUAUUCAAUACAAUUCAGUCGUGCGUCUGUGCGAUGAUACGGUAGUGUAAUGUUUUUUUUUUCGAAGGACGUAUUCAAACACAUAUGUAAAAUAAAAAUACUAUUAUAUUUA